CAGGCGUUACAGCAGCAUGCGCUACGACAACAUCAGUCAUUGCAGCAGCAGCACCAGCAAGUGUUGCAACAACCGCCCAGAACGGCAGCGGCGGCCUCGGCGGCGGCUGGAUCGGCUAGACCGGCUGCAGCUGGGUCGGCCACGGGCAUGCCCUUUCCAUCGCAUCAACUGGGUGCACUGAUGGCGGCCAGCGGCGGUGACUGCGGCAACAGUGGAACCAACAACGGCUAUCGCGAUGUGGCAGCAUUGGACGCAACCGGUCUUGGACUGUGGGGCUGGUGUUUUCCGAGCCCAACUCCCAUUAUGGGAGCAGGAGUAGAAGGGGGGGCGCCUGCUUCGGCAGGAGCGGGGGCGGGGGCGAGAGCGGGGGGGACGAUUUUGGCCGGUGUGCCGGGCCUCGGCAGCGUUGGCAACUUCCAGGCUCUUGCGGCCACCCCCGCCGCCACCCCCGCCGCCGCUGGACCACAGCAGUACCCAAGACCAAUGCCACGGGGACAGCAGUUUCUGGAGCCGGGAGAUGUCAGGCCGCCGAAUGCUGCUGGGGCGUGGGGGGGCGUCUCAGGGGUCAACAACGCUGGCGGCGGGGUUAGCAGCAGCGAAGGAGACGUUGCCGGGCUGGGAGUGGACGAGCUUGGCGCUGCGGCAGCCGCCGCACACUCGGGGGGUACGGAGCAGCAAGAAGGCUCCGUGGGGUCGGGAGGGGACCGGGGAGGAAACUCGACGUCGUCUUCGUCGUCUAACCCGUCGGAGCUCAAGAGGCAGGAGCGGAACGCGCGGGAGCAGCGAAGAUCACUCAUGACGUCUCGUCAAAUCGACAAGCUCCGCAAGCUCCUGCAGGAGUGCGGCAUCCAGACCAAGGCCAACAAGAGCAGCGUCCUCUCCGAGGUGGCGAGCUACACCGCUCAGCUCCAGCAGCAGAUCGAACAGCUAGAAGAAGAGCGCGCGCGAUGGAUGGCCGAAACCUCGGACGUUCCGGAAGUCGGCCGGCAAGAUCCAAAUGGCGGGACGAUUGACUGCAAGCAGGUUUUCGCACACGCUAGCGUGGCGUUGGCGAUGGCCACCGUGGAAGGACGCCUGAUCGAGAGCAAUCUGCAGUUCGAGGCGCUGAGCGGCCAUCGCAACGAGGAGCUCAAGCAGCUGACCCUUCUGAGCCUCACCGCUCCGUCAGAACUUCAGGAGACUUUCCACUGUCCCUCUCCUUGA